AUGACAAUGCACUACAUCUAUGAUGUUUCACUAUUUAUGCUGUUUGUGAGCGGAAGUUUCCGAAUAUGUCUCGGCAAUUUGAAUCGGUCUGAGGUUGAAAACUUGUACGCAUAUCUCCUACCGUCGGCAGCUUCUUCCACAUACUACAAAUAUAUCCGCCCGGAUGUGGAUCAAAGCUACGCCACUAAUGUUACCACCGAUCUGCAUGUGACAAGUCUUCGCGAGGUAGACGAGAUGACAGGUCGCUUUACUGUCGUAACCUUUCUAAACAUUUACUGGAAAGACGAACGCCUCUCCUGGUCGCCUAGCUCAUACGGGGAUAUACGUGAAAUAGAAUUCCCACAAAGUGAGGUUUGGAAACCAGCACUGACCCUUGCAAACCCUUUCUCACUUUUGAAACCUCUGGGAUCCGACGGCAAUCUUGUACGGUACACCAACAACGGUGACGCAACUUGGUACGUUGGUGACGUCAUGCAGGCAUUGUGCGACAUAGAAGUUACGCAGUAUCCUUUUGAUAAACAAGUAUGUCCAUUGUAUUUCCGUAUAUGGGGUUACGAAGGAAGUGACCUCACUCUGACACCAUCAACAAAUGAUGUUGGUUUUACUUAUUAUGUAGAAAAUUCAGAAUGGGAUAUUACAAAAACUGAGAAGGAAGUUGUCGUCAAUGAAGCUGCCUACAUUGUCUAUAAAUUUCAUCUGCAAAGAAAGUCUACAUUCUUCCUCAUCAGUAUUUAUAUUCCAGUAGUACUUCUGACAGGUCUGUGCCCGCUAGUGUUUCUACUUCCGGCUGACUCUUGUGAGCGUGUAAGUUACAGUAUCACGUGUCUCUUGGCAAUAGCUGUGUUUCUUACGAUUGUUUCUGAAAGUCUACCAAGGUCCUCAAGUCCAAUGUCAGUCUUGAGUUUUUUCCUUGUGUGUGACUUCGUCCUUGCGACAUGCCUGUGUGUAUUGACUGUACUUGGACUCCGAAUGUACCACAAGGACGAAAAAGAGGAUGAGGUACCUGCUAUACUAAAGAAAAUUGCGGCCUUCAAAUGUUUCCGUUGUGACAGUGCUACAAAGGGAGAUACACCUUCCAGCCAAACAGCGGUUAUCGAGAUAAAAGAAAAAUCUGCACACGAAAAGACAGUCGAGUUUGAGGAAGUGACAUGGAAAACUGUUGCCCGGAUGAGUUAUACUGAAAAACUCUACGACACUGUACUAACAAACUAUAACCGAUAUAUCAGGCCAAAUGAUAACCAGUCUGAAAGCACGACGGUUUAUGUCAAUUUUUUUAUGCUGAGUCUAAAAGACUUCGACGAAGUGACCGGGAAAUUUUCCGUCGUUGGUUAUUUUUAUUUGAUUUGGAACGACCCAAGGAUGUUGUGGAAUUCAGCAAAUUACGACAACGUUGAAACACUUUAUAUCCCGCAAAGUUUGGUAUGGAAGCCGGAAUUGACACUAGUUAACGCGUACCAGCACAUCAGAGGUGUCGGGUUUGACGAUCUGCCAAUAUUAUAUUAUUCCAACGCAACAGCGAGAUGGAUGGUUGGUGAGGUGAUGGAUACGACGUGUGACGUAGAUGUGACGUACUUCCCUUUUGACAAACAAACAUGUAAACUAGAAUUUGCAGCGUGGGGAUACACCUCAGAACAGUUGACAUUUCAGAUGUUGCAAGAAAAUAUUGUUUUGACACAGUUUUCUGAGAAUGUAGAAUGGGUCAUUACGAAAACGAAGGGGUACGAGAUCACAACACGUGACCACGCCGUCAUUGUUUACGAAGUGGUGAUGGAAAGAAGAUACACAUUUUUCAUAGUAAACGUCUUUGUCCCGGUAAUAAUGUUGACACUUUUGAGUAAUAUGGUGUUUCUGUUACCUGCGGAUUCUGGUGAACGUGUUGGAUACGGUAUAACAUGUCUCCUAGCCGUGUCCGUGUUUCUGACAAUUGUUUCCGACACGUUGCCGAAAGCUUCUAACCCGGUGUCUGUGUUGACCUUUUUCUUAAUGUGCGAUUUCGUGGUGUCCACAUCAAUCUGCAUUUUUACGAUUUUAGGUCUCAUACUCCAUCAUAAAGACGUUUCUAAACCAGUGCCUAAAUGGGUGAGACACGUCACGGAUUUCUUCACGUGCAAGGUUCGUGUGUCACAGAAACCCCAACGUCAUAUCACAAGAGUUCGAGAGGUCAAGACAAACAACACCGAAGAAACUUUUCCAUCAGAACAAAACGCACCUAAAUCAACUGGUGAUAUUCAUGUGAUGGUUCAAAUAGCCCACAAUGAGACAGUUAUUAAAACUCCGGAGAUGACACCAAGAUCAAAAACUAAAUUAGACUAUUUACAUAUGUCGCGUGACAGGAAAGUUCUCCCAGUUCCGGUUGAAGCUGAACCGGAAGUGGUUACUGAAGCUGAACUUGAAGAGUAUACCUGGAAAAAUGUGGCAAACAUAUAUGACACAGUGUGUUUUGUUUUCGGAAUCUCUGUUGUUUUGAUUCUUAUGGUGGUAUACACUAUGUUUACAAAUCUUGUUUGAAUGGUGACUUCAUCUUCCCCUGUUUGUUUGUUUGGAUUGAAUUAUGAAGGCAUUGAAUAUACAU